AUGAAUCGCCUGAUCCAGCAACGCGGCUUUUGCAAGGGGCAAAUAACUCGUGCGCAUGCAACUGUGGCUGAAGUGGUAGAAGCGAGUACGUCAGUGGAAACCUUGGAGUAUCGCUUAGCUAAGCUGAAUGCAAAUUACGAGCGUAUUAUUGAGCUUAGCGAACACCUUUGCACAUACAAGGAUGAACCUGAUUACAUCGAUCCGGCCACAGAUGUGGUGGAGUAUGAGGAGAAACACUUUUACACGCAUUCUGUACUUUUUCAAGCGUUAAAUCAGCUUCGAAAAGAAACAAAACCGUCUGCUGUUGAUGUAACCGCUUCUGAAACAUCAAUAGAAUGCCUUGUUUCCAGCCAAACUAAGUUUUUGGAAAAAUUACGUGAGUCAAGUAGCCACACGGAAUUACACCUGGAAAAAAUAAAGAUUCCUACGUUCUCGGGAAACUAUGAAGAUUGGCGGCAAUUUUGCGACUUGGUUUUGGUCUCGAUAGAUAAGCGUGCGAAUCUGACCAACUGUCAAAAGUUUCACUAUCUGAAAUCAUACUUGGAUGGUGAAGCAUUGAAUUUGGUCAAACAUAUUACCGUCACAGACGACAAUUACAAGGAGGCGUGGGAGCGAUUGGUGCAACCGUAA